AGCACAAAAUGUUUUGGGGCAUCAGUCCUGCUCUUGAUUUGCAAGAAGAGUACCUAAAAUAUGGCGAUAAAAACGCCUACGAACUCAACUUCCUCGUCAUCGGGGGCUGCGAUGGAAGACAUCUGCUCAAAACGUUGGCGCAAGCUUACCGGCACACCAGGCGCUACAUGAACCUGUUUGUCGUCGAUGGAUGUCCUGAGUUAGUCGCGAGGCAGCUUCUUCUCACUUCCUUGGCGUUGGAGAAGACAACACGAUGUGGGCUUUUGGAGAAAACUCGACGUUACUUAGAAAUCUACGGGAAUUUGCUGUUACGACCUUCCACGUCAAGGUACUUAAUUGCUAAGGCUCGUCAAUUAGUCGGCAUGGUUACUAAUCCUGACUACAUGAAUUGCCUGCUACCAUGCGUCUCCAUUGAACAGAUGAAGUAUCGUGAACGUGAUUAUAUGGAGAACCUGAUCAAUUUCUGGACUACAGGUAACACUAAUCAGUUUAACGCGUGUGAGCUUUGGGAGCAUCGUAUAAGACAUAGUCUUGGUGUGAGAUAUGACAGCAGAAUGGGAGUUUACGACUGGGACUAUCACAUGAGGAUGAAGGAAAUUGGAAGUCAGAUUUGCUAUCCAGAAUACAAACAUUUUCGGGAGCACGGCGUGGCCUUCACGUGGCUUGAAACUGAAGUUUGUCGACCAAAUGUGAGCUUCGCUGCUGGUGUUUAUAAGUGCGGUGAUAGAUAUCUCCACAGGGGCUAUUUGGGAGACAUAGUAACCUCCCCUUACAUUGGGUAUGGGCUCAACUGUGAGGACUCGGAUAUGCUAAAGUCUACUCAUGGUGUCAACUAUAAACGUGCGACGGAUAUUGCAGAAAGAAACGUAAUGAGAAUGUUAUACGAAAUAGAAAAUCGUCAAGAAUUCGAUGUUGCUGCUUUGAACUUGGAAACAGAAAAGAAUUUGGGUAUGGUGGUAUUGGCUCAGAUAGAUGCUAAAAUAUCUGAGAGUGGUCCAGAAGCUCCUUUGCUCUUACGUGAAGAUCGAGAUACUUACAUCAAUGUGGAUUACGGGAAGGUGCACUUUUUGUCUCUGUCUGCGCUGGAACAUUACCCGCACAAGCCACAGUUCCAGGGGUUGUUCCAUGGGGUGUUCGUGGGUCACAAUAUGUUGCCUCGAGUGAAGCCGAGCGUGUGGUCGAUGGCCCGUGAUGACGCGGUGGUGCUGAUGGAGUCGAGGAAGUUCAUGGUGGAGCAGAAGAGAGAUGACGUGAAGGCUUACGGUGAGCAGAUCACACAAGCCGCUACAGCUGCCCAGUGUGAGAGAAUUGCUACGUUCGAUGCAGAAAAAGAUGACUUUGCCAGAUUUUUGAUCAAACGAAGAAGUGAGAGUACUGACACAAACAUUUCGUUUUAGAUUUUUAUUGUAGUUAAUAGUGUAUUUUAUUAUUCUUCUGAUAAAGCAGGUGAUAUUCAGGAACUCGUUUCAUUUAUUUUUGAGUAGCAACCGAUGUCUAAUGUUAUUUAAAGGUGUAUUAAAUAAAACUGAAAAUAU